CUAGCUCAGCUCAUGAGUGUUUUGUCGUCCAUCCAUGAAGCCGUGGUGACGGAUAUGCCGGUUACAAAGCGCGACAUUUACUAUCAAGAUAUCAAUUUGUUUCGGACCCAAUCGACCGUUGAUCGUUUAGUCGAUGAUAUUGGAGCUACAUUCGAGGUCUCUCGGGCACAGCUCAACGUCAGAGCUUCCCCAAAAGGUUUGUUUCUUGGCAGCGGUCUCACCAUGCAUCUUGUUUCCGGGCUUCCAAUAACCGGGAACGAUUCGGAGGCUACUAUCGUGCCUCAAAACGAAGACAUAUCAAGAUGCGUCGUCGACAGCGAUGUCCGAUGGGUAUUAAUCCUUGAGAAAGAGGCGAGUUCUCGAUGCACACUAGGUGGAAAGGGAUAUCCGGAUGUUGCUACCCGCAAGCUAGUUAAUCAACUGGCGAACGACUUGCCAACAAAUGUUCCUAUCUUAGCGCUCGUCGACUGGGAUCCACAUGGAAUUGAUAUUCUGCUGACAUACAAGCUCGGCAGCAUUAGCAUGCUUCACGAGAAAGACACCCUAGCUGCGUCCAGAGUGCAAUGGCUGGGCAUAUACUCCUCGGACGUACUCAAGUGA